UAUAAGAUUGGGCUGCAUUUUCCCAGAACACCUCCCAAGCCCAUGUGUUGCAUGCCUCUCUUCUCUGGUCUGCGCGCUGUCAUUGGACUCUGCUCCAAUCUUCUGCGUUCUGAUCAAUGGGUUCAGGACUCUGGUUUAGGUCAAUCAUUGGCAUAAAAAGAGUGAAGGAUGACAGGUCCAAACAAGCAAAGGUACUCUCCAAGUGGAAGGAGCAUUCCCAUGAAGUGUCAAGUAGUACUUCCAAUGGUCAUCCCAAUAAAAAGCUUGAGGUUCCUCAGGUCCAAGUUGAAGAUGCAGCUGCAACUCGGAUUCAAACUGCAUUUCGGGCAUUUAUGGCAAGAAAAACAUUACUCUAUCUAAAGGGGACAGUGAAAUUUCACGGCUUGAUUCAGGAUCACACCGGCAUAGAGCAAGCAUCAACUGCAUUGAGCUACAUGCAUUCAUGGAGUAGAAUACAGGACCGAAUCAGAGAUCGCAGACUCCGAAUGGUAACGGAAGGCCGAAUCAGGCAAAAGAAAUUAGAAAAUCAGUUGAAAUUGGAAGCCAAGCUCCAAGAGCUGGAGGUGGAAUGGUGCGGUGGCUCUGAAACCAUGGAGGAAAUCAUUUCGAGGAUACAACAGAAAGAAGAAGCAGCAGUCAAGCGUGAGCGAGCCAUGGCAUAUGCCUUCUCUCACCAGUGGAGGGCCAACUCCAGCCAAUAUCUUGGCCAGGCUUCUUACAUUCUUGGCAAGGAAAACUGGGGUUGGAGCUGGACGGAACGCUGGAUAGCCGCUCGCCCGUGGGAGGUCCGAGUUCAUCCGCAUUCUACCUAUUCAAACAAAAUCCCGGGAGCGAAGCAGAGCAGAUCAUAUAAAUCGGCAAACCAGCCGGAGAAGAAAACAUCAGUUUCAGUUAAACCCACAAAAGCCAAGAACUUAGUCUACCCAACUGCUGAGAUAUAAUAAUAAGCUGCCCAAGAUUCAUUGAUUGGGGGGGUUCUUUUAUGUCUUUGUUUGGAUUUGGUGUGCAAAAUAAAGACAACAAGGCUCAUAUUCUGGAUA